CUCUACGUAGCUCAUCCUCAGUCUCUUGUUCAUCUCUAUGAAGCUAGUCGUCAGCCUGAUUCAGUCCUCUCAAAGACUCAGUGUAGUCUCGUUGUUGAUUGUGGCUUCUCCUUCACUCACGCUGUUCCUGUUCUUCACAAUUUCACUCUUAAUCACGCCAUUAAGAGGAUUGAUUUAGGAGGCAAAGCUUUCACUAAUUACUUGAAGGAAUUGGUCUCUUAUAGAUCUAUAAAUGUUAUGGAUGAAACUUUUUUAGUUGAUGAUGCUAAGGAGAAGCUUUGUUUUGUCUCACUUGACCUUCUUCGUGAUCUCCGCCUUGCUAGAAGUGGAAAUAAUCUUAUCAAGUCUACAUAUGUUCUUCCUGAUGGUGUUACACAUACUAAAGGUUAUGUCAAAGACCCUCAAGCGGCUAAGAGGUUUCUUAGCUUGUCAGAUAAAGAUCAUGUGGAGUCUGAUUUCAUGGCAAAGGUUGGGGACAGGAAGAAGGCUGACAUGAACAAAAAUGAGAUUGACUUAACGAAUGAGCGCUUUCUUGUACCUGAGACGCUAUUCCAGCCUGCGGAUUUAGGGAUGAAUCAGGCAGGACUUGCAGAGUGCAUUGUCCGAGCUGUAAGCUCAUGUCAUCCUUAUUUGCAACCAGUCUUGUAUCAAAGCAUCAUCUUAACUGGUGGAAGCACAUUAUUUCCGCAACUUAAGGACAGACUGGAAGUAGAGCUUCGACCACUAGUCCCAGACCACUUUGAUGUGAAGAUAACAACACUGGAGGACCCAAUACUAGGUGUUUGGAGAGGGGGUUCACUUUUGGCUUCCAGCCCGGAUUUUGAGUCCAUGUGUGUCACCAAGGCUGACUAUGAAGAACUUGGAUCAGCUCGUUGUCGGAGGAGAUUCUUUCAUUGAGUAUAACCAAAAAAUAUCAACUGAGUUGUUAUUUUUCACAUUAUAUGUCGUGUGUCGUAUAUUUGUAAUGCAUGACCAUAGCGUUAGUGCGUUACCAAACACCCAAGUGUAUUGUUAUUGUUUUCCUUUU